AUGGCAGGAGUGAUAGAAACACCUUUGUCUAAUGAAACCAGAGAAACUGACUUGUUACUUGUUGGAUUUUCGGGUAUCUGCAAACUUCGGUUAUUUAUAUUUCUCUUGUUAGUAAUUGUGUACCUAUCAAUUAUAUUAGGAAACAGCCUUAUCGUUAUUCUGGUCUGGACACAGCCUCAACUGAAAACACCAAUGUACUUUUUUCUGUGUAACUUAUCUUUCCUUGAAAUCUGCUACACUUCUGUCACCCUUCCAAAAAUGCUUGAAGAUCUUCUAUUUAUAAACCGAAGGAUUUCUGUCAUAGGUUGUAUUGCCCAGUGUUACUUCUUUUUUUUGCUUGGAGGCAUUGAAAAUUACUUUCUUGCAGUAAUGGCAUAUGACAGGUGUCUAGCCAUCUGCAACCCCCUCAGAUAUUCAUCCAUUAUGAGUCCUGUACGUUGCUGGCACUUAGCUCUUGCCUGUUGGUUCUGCAGUAUACUAAGUUCAUUAUUACCUCUAUAUUGGUUAUGUUGUUUAUCAUUUUGUGGCCCUAGUAAGAUUAAUCAUUUCUUCUGUGAUGUCAUUCCAUUACUAAGUAUUACCUGCACAGAUUCUUCUAUAUUUAAAAUCUAUUUCUUAGUUCUUACUUGGAUUGUUGUGUUUGGCUGCUUACUAUUUAUUAUUCUAUCAUACUGUAAGAUCAUUUUGACCAUUGUCAGAAUACCAUCCACAUCUGGAAAGUCUAAAGCUUUUUCUACUUGUUUAUCUCACCUUACAGUAGUAGUUAUAUAUUAUAGUUCUGUGAUAUUGAUAUAUGUAAGGUCACCUAAUGAGCAGGCUUUUGAGUAUGACAAAAGUGUGUCUGUAAUUUAUGUUUUGGUGACUCCAUUGCUCAACCCUAUCAUUUAUUGUUUGAGAAAUAAGGAAGUUAGGAAUGCAUUAAGCAUAAUUAGAUAUAGUCUGUAUGGAACAUUUAAAAAGUGA